AUGGAGCUGGAGGGGCGGGGGGCCGGCGGCGUGGCGGGGGGGCCGACGACUGGGCCGGGGCGGAGCCCCGGGGAGUCGGCGCUGCUGGACGGGUGGCUGCAGCGGGGCGUGGGCCGGGGGGCCGGCGGCGGGGAGGCCGGGGCCUGUAGGCCCCCGGUCCGGCAGGAGCCGGAGCCCGACCCGGACUACGAGGCGCUGCCCGCCGGAGCCACUGUCACCACCCACAUGGUGGCGGGCGCCGUGGCCGGGAUCCUGGAGCAUUGCGUGAUGUACCCCGUCGACUGUGUCAAGACCCGGAUGCAGAGCCUACAGCCAGACCCAGCUGCUCGAUACCGCAAUGUGUUGGAGGCCUUGUGGAGGAUUGUGCGAACCGAAGGCCUGUGGAGGCCCAUGCGGGGGCUGAACAUCACUGCAACGGGUGCCGGGCCUGCCCAUGCCCUCUAUUUUGCCUGCUAUGAAAAGUUAAAAAAGACAUUGAGUGAUGUAAUUCAUCCCGGGGGCAAUAGCCAUAUUGCCAAUGGUGCAGCAGGGUGUGUAGCAACAUUACUCCAUGACGCGGCCAUGAAUCCAGCAGAAGUGGUCAAACAGAGGAUGCAGAUGUACAACUCACCAUACCACCGGGUGACAGACUGUGUUCGGGCAGUGUGGCAGAAUGAAGGGGCUGGAGCCUUUUACCGCAGCUACACCACCCAGUUAACCAUGAACAUCCCUUUCCAAGCCAUUCACUUCAUGACCUACGAAUUCCUGCAAGAGCACUUUAACCCACACAGACAGUAUGACCCCAGCUCCCAUGUCAUCUCUGGGGCCUGUGCAGGAGCUGUAGCUGCUGCCCUCACUACUCCUUUGGACGUUUGCAAAACACUGCUCAACACCCAGGAAUCCUUGGCUUUGAACUCAAAUCUUAGUGGACAUAUCACAGGCAUGGCUAGUGCCUUCAGGACGGUGUACCAAGUAGGCGGGGUGACCGCCUACUUCCGAGGGGUGCAGGCCAGAGUCAUUUACCAGAUCCCCUCCACGGCCAUUGCAUGGUCUGUGUACGAGUUCUUCAAAUACCUAAUCACCAAACACCAGGAGGAACGAAGGGCUGGGAAAUGAGGUGACAUCAUACCAGGGCUUGGUACUGCCCUGCUCCUUCUGCCCUGUUACCCCAUCUGUGGUUGGCGUUAGUCUUUCCGGUUCAUGCUGGAGGGAAGGUGGAAAAGGCUCUUCUGAGGCUGUGGGUGUCGUCACCAAUGCCACUUCUUGCCAGUACCUGUUGCAGCUCUCCUGCCUUUCCUUGCCCAGCAGAGCUUCCUCCAAGGAAGGGCAGUGUUGCACAUAGCAGCACAACAUCCACAACUUCUCGUUCGUCAUCCUUAGCCAGGUGUCCUGCUCCAAAUUAUAGAGCAAAAAGUCAAGCUCCUCCUGGUUCCAAAUAAAGAGGCUUCUUUAAAUUAAA